AUGGGCAAGCUGCAACAUCGUGCGCGGUCGAGGACGACACGCUCCCAGUGGCCCUCGAGCUACAGUCAGGCUAUACAGGACUGGCUUGGCCGCGCGAGGGCCGAGAUCCCGGAGAAUGGGGCUGCACAGGACUUGGGCCUGCGAAGGCUGCCCAUCCGAUUGGUCAGCAGCAUCGAUCAAUGCAAGACGGUGACUGAUAGAGUCCUGCAGUCGCCGUGUGUUGCCCUUGAUUGUAAAGGAGCCAGGCUGGGGCGAUUUGGAAAGCUUUCGACGCUGCAACUUGCGACUGACAGGGAGGUAUUUAUUGUGGAUGUUGAGGCCUGUGGACGAGAAAUCCUCGAGCCGCUGCAAGCUUUAUUGCUCCACACCGGCAUCGUCAAAGUCUUACACGACUGCCGAGAAUUGUCAUCUGUUUUGGCAAACCAAUACAGCACUCCGCUACACAGUGUGUACGACACUCAGAUUGCUUUUGCGGCAUGGCUAGAGAGGCAGGGGCUUGAUGCUUACCAGGCUGGCCUGUCAGAAGUGUUGCGCACCUUCCAUCUGAAUGCCUUCCAGCUCCAUCGCUGGGAUCGAUUAGAGCGCAACAGUAUUCCUCCAAUGCAGUGGCACGAAAGACCUUUGUGUUCAAGCUUGCUUCGCCAUGCCGUUGAAAGCGUCGUCCACCUGCUUCCACUACAGAGAGCUCUGAACAGAGAGCUAGGUGACCCAGCUGGAACUCUGAUACAGCGUCGAAGCAUUCACAAUGUUGACUACGCGAAGAUGAAUAGCUCACACCUUCCCCUUGAAGGCGUCUCAUCCCUCCGUGCUGGUGUGAAAUUGCAGGCAAUGUUGGCUUCAAGAAAGCCCGAAGUCGCAUAUUUUAAACUCAACCAUGCGCCAAUCACCGGAGCUGUCGUGGAUGUGGACGACUUGAAGGAAUUUGCAGAUAUGCAGGUCGGAGAUAUUGUGGACUGUGAAGUGAAAGCUCUUAGUCCCUGUCAACAGUUUGUGUACUUGUUGCGCGAGGGCCACGGAAGUUUAAUGUUCGACCGGCAAAGACUCAAAAUGGUAAAUUUGGCACCGACCAGCAAGCUUGACGAGAUGAGGCCAAGUAGGCAGUCAAGCUUGUAUGGACAUGGGUCGUCCCCAUCCAGCGGCGGACCAAGCCUGAAGCUGGAGCCACGAAGUUUUCGUGAGAUGAAACCCACCGUCGUUCACAAGCCGGGGAAGCGUGGAUCUGUUAAAGUGAAGAAGACAGGCUUCAAGCCACCAGCGCCGCAGCAUCAAAGCUUCGAGUGA